GGGUGGGGUUCGACAGGGAGGCUAGUGUGCGCUGCUCCCUGGUACACUCCCAGUCUGUGCUGCAGAGGAGGAGGAAGCUGAGGAGGAGGAAGACCAUCACUGGUAUCCCCAGACGAGUUCARCAGGACAUGGACUCUGAUGAGUCUCCAGUGGCGAGGGAAAGGACCGUGAUGGUCCACACCAACCCUCACCUGUCCCUCUGUCAGGAGGAGCUGUCCCUCCGAGGGGGACACACCAAGGACUCCGGCUGCCAGACGGACGACUGCCUGAUCGGUGGCGGUGGUGCCCCGUCCAGGAGACGUAUACGUGCCCAGCGCRGCGGCCAGGGGGGCAUCCCCRCCUCCCUCUCCCACUCCACCGGGAACAUCUCCUCGCUCCCCGACCACCCUGACACCGCCAUGUACACCGCCUCCGGCUCCCGCCUCCGCUCCCGCAGCCUCCCCCGCGAGGGCGGCCGCAUACGCGACGAGGACCAGGACGACAGUGAUGAAGAUGAGGAUGAUGACGACGACGACGAUGAUGAAGAUGAGGAGCUCUCUCCGUACGAGACGGAGGACUUCCUCCCGGGAACGGGGCCAAGGAUGUUAAAGGACGAGGAGGAGAGUACGGAUGACCAGGCCAUGCCAGAGCUGCAGCUGGGGAGUCUGAAGAGGAUACAGCAAGGAGACGGGGGGAGUCCAGAACACAUGUGGAUGGAGAGGGGUCGCUCCCGCCUCCCCCGUCAGGUCGACAUGGGGAGCUGUGAGAUCUCCUCCAGCUCAGACACCUUCAGCAGCCCCAUCCACUCUGUCUCUACUACGGGGGUGCUGAGAGGACAGAUAGACCACAAGAGGACAGGACACAAACUGAAGCAGAGGCUGGGAGGUAGAGGGAGACUCCGACACCCGUCCAGUAUCAGGAUUCAGGAAGGACACUCAAACCCAAACCUCCUGGCCACACACAUGACCAUGGGAGGGAAGGAGCGGUAA